GAUCUCUUCAGCCAGUGAGGAGGGAGAAGCCCACCAGUUCAUUUGCAACACAAGAGGCUGUGCUGGAGAAGAGUUCCCUGGUGCUGAGUGGGGGCUCUUGGGGUUGCAAUGAGGAGUCCUUCUUGAAAAUCUUGCCUGAUUUCUGCAGUGACCGGAGUGGGGCCCAGAACUCCAGGACCUGGCUCUGAAACAGGUUUUCUACCAACAAGCUGGGGCAAUUAAGCGUUUCGAUCUGUACUUUGCAAGCAGCUGACAGCCUGUGGUAAUGUGCUGACUGGCGCUAUGGGCAGGCGGUACCCAGGGGCUCACUAUCGGCCAAGCAGCUCAUUUGAUUCUGGCGUGGACGCGUUGGCGUUUAUGGCAAGCAGCAGCACGACGGAUGUUGUGAACCGCAACAACCCCGCCACCCCGCCGAACACCCUGAACCUGCGCUCCUCACAUAAUGAACUUCUGAAUGCGGAGAUCAGGCACACAGAGACCAAGAACAGCACUCCUCCAAAGUGCAGGAAAAAAUAUGCACUGACUAACAUUCAAACAGCCAUGGGUCUUUCUGAUCCAGCAGCUCAGCCCCUUCUGGGGAACACCUCUGCCAAUAUAAAGCUUGUGAAGAAUGGAGAAAACCAGCUCAGGAAAGCUGCCGAGCAGGGACAGCAGGAUCCCAACAAAAACCUCAGUACCACUACAGGCAUAAACAUAACUUCUGAGAAGUUUGAAGGCAAAGAGCCGAUCCCACAGGAUUCCUCUGGCUGUGAAAUAUUACCCUCACAGCCAAGGAGGACCAAGAGCUUUCUGAAUUACUAUGCGGAUCUAGAGACAUCUGCUAGAGAGCUAGAGCAGAGUUUUGUUGCAAUGGAAGAUAACUCUGCACAAAGCAACAGCCAGGCUUCUACUGUUAUUGUCAAUGGGGAAGUCCUGCCCCGGAAACAAAACAAGAUGCCAAGCCCAGAGGAUGGCCAGGUUGCCACAGUGUCAUCAAGCCCUGAGACUAAGAAAGACCACCCAAAAACUGGGGCCAAAACAGAUUGUGCCCUCCAUAGGAUUCAAAACCUGGCCCCAAGUGAUGAGGACUCCAGCUGGACUACACUGUCCCAGGACAGCGCCUCGCCAAGCUCACCCGAUGAAACAGCAGAUAUAUGGAGUGAUCAUUCAUUUCAAACAGACCCAGACUUACCACCUGGCUGGAAAAAAAUCAAUGACAUUGCUGGGAUCUACUACUGGCACAUACCAACAGGAACAACUCAAUGGCAACGUCCAGUGUCCAUCCCAACAGAUCUCCAGGGCUCACGAAAAGGAUCACUUGGUUCCAUUACUCCUUCUCCUACUCCAGAAACUGAGAAACAGCCAUGGAGUGAUUUUGCUGUACUCAAUGGGGGAAAGAUUAAUAGUGACAUUUGGAAGGAUCUGCACGCAGCCACUGUGAACCCAGACCCAAGUCUGAAAGAGUUUGAAGGAGCAACAUUACGCUAUGCCUCUUUGAAGCUCAGAAAUGGUCCACAAUCUGAUGAUGAUGAUUCUUGUAGCAUCAACAGUGAUCCAGAAGCCAAGUGCUUUGCUGUGCGAUCUCUGGGCUGGGUAGAAAUGGCAGAAGAUGAUCUGGCUCCUGGAAAAAGCAGUGUUGCUGUGAACAAUUGCAUCAGACAACUCUCUUACUGUAAAAAUGACAUCAGAGACACUGUUGGCAUUUGGGGAGAGGGCAAAGACAUGUACCUUAUACUGGAAAACGACAUGCUGAACCUGAUUGACCCCAUGGACCGCACAGUUCUUCAUUCGCAGCCCAUUGUGAGCAUCAGAGUCUGGGGAGUGGGUCGUGACAACGGCCGAGACUUUGCUUAUGUGGCAAGAGACAAAGACACAAGAAUUCUGAAGUGUCAUGUGUUUCGCUGUGACACACCUGCAAAAGCCAUCGCCACAAGUUUACAUGAAAUCUGCUCAAAGAUAAUGGCUGAACGGAAGAACGCUAAAUCUAUGGCUUGCAGCUCAUUGCAAGAGAGGACAAGUGUCACCCUUGAUGUUCCUCUGCAAGUAGAUUUCCCAACACCAAAGACAGAACUGGUACAGAAGUUCCACGUGCAGUACCUGGGCAUGCUGCCUGUAGCUAAACCUGUGGGAAUGGAUACUCUGAACAGUGCCAUUGAAAGCCUAAUGGCUUCCUCUAGCAAAGAAGACUGGAUGCCAGUUACUAUGAAUGUAGCUGAUGCUACUGUCACAGUCAUCAAUGAAACAAAUGAAGAGGAAAUCAUAGUGGAGUGUCGUGUGCGGUUCCUGUCCUUCAUGGGAGUAGGGAAGGACAUUCACACAUUUGCCUUCAUUAUGGAUACAGGAAACCAGCAUUUUGAGUGCCACGUGUUUUGGUGUGAACCAAAUGCAGGCAACGUAUCAGAAGCUGUUCAGGCUGCUUGUAUGUUACGGUAUCAGAAGUGCUUAGUAGCCAGACCGCCUUCACAGAAGGUUCGACCGCCCCCACCUCCUGCAGACUCGGUGACUAGAAGAGUUACGACUAAUGUAAAAAGAGGAGUCUUGUCCCUCAUUGACACUUUGAAACAGAAACGCCCGGUCACUGAGAUGCCAUAGCUGCAUCAGAGAGAAGAUUCUCCUGACGUGUAACUGAAGAUAACAGUAGCUACCCUAAGGAAAAUGAACUGACGAUGUCUGGCCUUCCACUUCAAAUUGCUGAUGCUUUGUCUUCAGAGAAUUUAUCCUUAUUGAAACAAUGUUAGACAAGCAUGUUCUCUAGUUCUUGCCACCAUCGUGUGAUAUGAAAAGAAGCAUGAAUAAUUUUUUUGCUGUCAGUGAGUUACAUCAUGAGCGAUGGAAGGUCUGUUUUGAUUGUAAAUACAUGAACAUUACCUAAACUCACACACAAAAAAAAAAAAAAAUGGCCACGUCCCUCCCAGUGAACUCAUGCUAAAGUCUUUGGAGUGAAUGAUGCCCAAGUUGGUAGUUUCACCAUCUUGAGCUGGAUUUGUCACAAACCAAUCUUAAUUUCUACAGCACUUUGCUCUGUCUUCAGCACUGGAGUAGGUACCAAGUAUUAGCUACCAUUGAUUUACUGUAGAUUAAGUACCAAGGUGGGGUUUUUUUACAGCAUUACACCUGUUAGUUUUAAAUUGUUUGUCAGCAUUGGCCGAGCAACCACUUUUAACAUCUCCCUGAUGUGCUUCUGAAUCUUGGUGUCAUUAUUUCAUCUCCUGGUUAUAUAUUAUGGUCUUAGAGAAGAAUCAUGUUCAAUACCCAACCAAUGCUGAAAUAUCCAGAAGUGUUUUCAGUAACCAAAUUGUAGGAUGAUCCACUGAAGCUUUUCAGCUUUAAAUAUACAAAUGCACCCAUUUGCUGUUAAAUUUAUUUUCCUAAAUCUGUCAUUAAUUCAUCAAAAAUACCUUGUGUUUCACGCAGGGCUCAUACCAAUCAGGAAUAAGAAAGAACUAGUCAGGAAUUUUACUGUCUUAAAACUCUUGUAGAGCCUAAAAUGUUCCAUACCUUAAAUGUACAAGUGUUUGAUGAAAUGUUCCAUUCAGCAUCUGGUUGCACAAUUACCCCUUCCCCUCAGAGUUUGUUGCUGAAUACUUACCAUGUCACAAAAAGAACAAUCAUAUUUCCUGUUAUUUAUAAAAUUCCAUGACAUUUCUGUUAAUGCUUUUGUGACAAAAUAAGAAGAGUUGUCUUCUGAAAAGAUAGUGCUUCAGGUGGUACAAUCGAUUGCUUUUGCUCCAAAGGCUUCAUUUUAAUUUCUUUGAUCUAAACACAACUGUGGAUCCUGACAAAGUCAGCCCAGUAUUGCCCCUUGAAAUUGUACCUCAGGCUAAACUCUCCAAAUGCAGCUAUGCAUCUUGAAUCUCUCCCUUUGCCAUCUUCUACCUAGACCUGCAGAUUGGUACAAAUUUUUGAAAUGGAACAUUAAAGAUAUUUUUAACUAGUGUUAAAAAUAUUUUGCCUCCAUUUAUAGAUAUGUUCCAGAUUGUAACUGUCUCCCAAGUCUGCAAAGCGGGUCAUACUUUAAUUUUAAAAUAACAUUGUCAAGGUUGUUACUACAAGAACUGUAGAGACUGUUAUAAACUGUUAUUUUCUUUUUAUUUCCUUGUUUAAAGGAAUUAACAGCAACACCUGGGCAAAGCAACUUAGGAACGCAAGGGGAAAAAAUGAUUCAAGAAAUUUCAAUGCAGAAAAAUCAUUAAACUCAGCCUGAUGUAUGAGCAAGUGCCAGGUGAAGGCUAGCUGUGCAAUUAUUGUAAUUAAAUUUAGCUCUCUAGAAUACCUGCUGAAGAGCUGAUCCUUUGCUGUUCUCAAAUCUCUGUAGGACCACAAUUCUGCACCCCAGGCACUAAAGCAGUUGUUUCCCCUCCCAAGCCUCCCAUCCCUGCCACCUGUUUUGCACCAGCUUUAUUGCUUGUACAGCUGGAGGAGAAGUUGCUUGUGCCAAGUAGGCAGGGAGAUCAGAUAGGCAGGGAUAGGGGGAUGUAAAAAACCCCUUCUAGCAGUGCCAUUGGUUUAAACUGACCGUGAAGCCAGCUCACCAGGCGUGGAGGUGGCAGCUUGUGUAGGUGCUUGGUUGGUCACUGGUGUUGACCCUGGUGAGGUCUGAGAGAAGCAGCAUAAAAACUCAGUUCCUGUCACAACUGCUGUCAAAAUACGGGGGCUAACAAAGUACCCUUAGGGGGGAUCGUGAGGUUCAGAGGUAAAAGUUUCUUUAUUCCUCAUCAUGCUAGUGAUUCAAAGUUUGACUUUAUUUUAAAUUUCCAUAAAUACUUUGACAGUGUCUUAAAGUUCCAGCUGGAAAUGCCAGGAGUUGAGAUUUGCAUCUGUUCAACAACAGUGAAUUUUAACUUGUAUCUUUAGAUUUUGUAGUUACAUCUGCACGGUGUUGUUUCUCCCCAAGAGAGAUCCAGACUCUCUUUAAGCUAAACCAUCAGUUGGCAAACAGCAGUGUGAAGGUUCUUCUCCAUGCUUGUUGUCAAGGCUAUGGACAUCUAGUUAGCUCUCACUAGAAAAGUGUGCAGGGAGGCCUGAGGAGAAGACAAAAAGGUAUUUCAAAGGCCACAGGUCACUUGCUAAUAUACGGUUUAACAGUUUUGUGUCUGUUAACAAAAUGUUGAUUUUGCAAAUACUUCAGUAGAGUGCUUAAUGGUCUGACUAUACGUGGCCUUUUUGCUUCAGUAGAGCUCCCUAUUCUCUGGAAGAUUAAAUAUACACCCAGGAAUUGGCAGAAAUCAGAGCCUAAUAUUGCAAAGGCAGUUAUCUUUUGUUAAAUAUUUUGAGACACUCUUUUUACCAUGGCCAAAAACGAUGUGUGAAUGGGGUAUGUGUGUUUGAGCAACUGCCACCGUUUUAGUUGAUGUUGUAGCGACCCUUCAGUUACCUAUGCAUUUUUUUAUAAUACCUAGUGAUUCUGCAGCCAGGCAGCCAUGUUCACUAUGCCUUGUAUGUCUGAUGCCAUAUUUUAAAUUAACCUGUUAAAUACAGCUUAAAAUAUUUUUAUUUUAUUUAUUCUAUUUUUACUGAAAUAUCCUGCAUUAUUAUGUUGAUGUAUUGUCUUUACUGGACAUGCUCUUGUAACAUUCUCCAUUAUGUAUACUAUAGGUUGCCUUAAAAAAGGCAGGCUUUGUAAUUAUUUGUAGUCACAUUUUUAUUGAAGUCUGUAGAAAAACCAUGUAAAGCAAAGCUAAUUUCUUAAUUUUUCAAUGCAAGUAGUAAGUUAGAGGUAAGCAUCACGUGUCAGUCAUGUCAUUAAAUGCUCCCUUGCAGAAGCAAGGGGAUGUAUAUUCACAGUCAACGACUAAGAGAUAAAAGCCUUUCUUUUGGAAUCUGCAGUGCUGGCUGUAGGUUUUAUUUAAGCCACUUACUAUUUCAUUUGAAGGGGAGCAAGGGGGUGUGGGAGGUAUAAGGCUACAGAGGCCACCUACAGGGUGGUUAAACAGGAAUAAUAAUAACUGCAUGGAUAGGCACAGGAUCCCUUCACAGUAAAAUGAGAUGUUAGUGAUGUACUUUGUGUGCAGUCACCUGUACCUAUUGAAACAACAAGCUCUUUCAUGACAGAGGAAGAAAAGCUGUGGAGUAUCUAAUAGCUUACACCAGUUAUGUGUCACUAAGAAUUCCCUAUCCCUUUUCCUUUUAUCAAGCAUUUAAUAGAUCAUUUAACUAGGGAUCUAAAAACAUUAGUAAAUUACCCAUGGAAAAUAACUUUCUUAUUUCAACAGCUAAGAUGGGCUCCACCUUUCAGCAUUACCAUUAACCCCAUUACUCCUUUCUUGGGCAGGCUAAUUAACACAUGGCUAAAAUGUGUGCUGUACAGUCAGUAAAAGCAGGUUUGGUUUAUUUUAACAGCAGUAAGAAAGAAGGAAACACACCCACUGUUUAUUAGCAGGGCUCAGUUUUACAUAAAGUACCUGAUUGACAUUGAAAAGGGCAAUUUUCCCUGCUGUUGACCACUUCUCCACAUUUAAAUGUAAUCUGUUCUGAGAAUAAAUUUAGCUGCAUAAAAUGACUGUCUCAACUUUUACUGGUCCAUGAAAUUGGGAAAUUAUUUAUUUUGUUCCAAAUAGUGGUUGAGGGGAUGGCAAAACAUUCUGGUUGUUUAGAGGCAAUAGGAGUGUAAUGGACAGUUUUUUAUCUGGAAAGCUGAAUCAAUGGUUUCUAGUUGAAAAGUACAAAUACAUAACUGGACUCAAGACAAUUAGUUACAGGAGAUACAGCUGGACUGUAAAAAGUCAUCUGAGGUGUUUAAUUGGGCAUGCAGGCUUCUACCUGCGAGCCAUCUGAAGUCAGUCCCAGAUGUGGCCACUGUAUGAUGUGCACACAAAGCAAGCUGCUGACCUGCAGAAUCAAAAUCUCUACUACCAGCUCCUUGAUAUUCUUGGUAAGACAUCAAGAUUCUAACUGGUAUGGCCUCAGUGGCAUGUCAAAGGCACAAAUCAGUGAAAGCAAGAUGAGGCUGACUGUGGGACAACAUGAUACAAAAGUAGCCCAGAAAUCCUAUCAUCAGACAAAUGUAUGGUUUUUUCACAAAUAAUUUUAAUUACAUUUAAUAAAUGAGUUAUACAGAUUUUUAUUAUUUAGAAAUAGAAAUCUGAGUUUCUAUUAAGCAUUUAACAUCCAUAUUGAAAAAAAACACCACAACAAAACUUGGAAAAACAAACCUUGAAAUCUCUAACUUUCUUUUCAUCUAACAUGUAGAAUUUCUCCUCCUCCGAGAUGGUUUUGAAAUAAAAUUAAGAGGGUUGGGGUUUUUUUUCAGUUCUGUGCAUUGCAAGCACACAGGUCUAGUUGUAUCCUUACUGUUCAUUCAGAAGCCAGAAUGGACAGAGUUCAUCCUUUUACUGAACAGGUAAGGAGCACAGGUUACUCGCAGGGACAUACAGCAGGUGAGUGAUGCCUUUGAAUAGGACAGCUGGCUCAGAUUAAAAUGCUGGAAGAAAUUUUCACUGAUUCAGUGAGCAAGGAUAUUUAUCUGAUGAACAGCCAGCUGUCUACACUGCUGAUGUAUUACCAUUCACAUCCUUUCUUCUCGAGGUAGAGCUGAUCUGCCUACUGGCGGGGAGGAAAAACAGAUGUUAAAACACUAUCUCUGGAUGGGUCUAAAUCCAAAACUAUGUCAACUAGGUUAAGAUUCUGUACCAUAUGGUUGACACUACUGGCAACACUUAAAUAUCCUAAAUGCUUGUGUAGAGGAAAAUUUGUCUUCAGGGCCACAGCUACCUUUGCCUUUCUAUAUUGCUGUGUUAUCUUUGUUUCAUUUCUACAACAGUAAAACCUAAAUAAAUACAACUCGGAAGUUC